UAUAGUUAACCAGGUCCAAACGGUUCAACAUUUCAACGUAGUAUUGUCAAUAUCUCGAAGAUACUUGGGGAUGGAAAUUUUGCUUCAAAAUAAAUUGACAAGUGUUUAGUCUCCAGUAUUUAAUAUUCAAUUAAAUUCAAGUAGAUUCUUGGUUAGAUUUUUUGAGAAUUUAAUUUUAUUUUUAUACGAGUGCAUACAUUUAGUCAGCUCAUUCUUUCAUUGAUUGUGAACAUUCUUCCUUAUUUAGAUACAACGUCAUCUUAAUCCCCUCUGGAGAGUGACCAUAAACCUAUCUCUUAUUUAUCGUUGGCCAAAAACAACAAUCGAGUAAAAGGAAAAAUGGGAAUUUUAAACGAUUUUGCUUUAGAUUCUGAAGUGUUCGACAAUCCUCUUAUCAAGUGGCAACUCCAUGCAUUAAAAUACAUGGGAUUUAUCUAUUCACGAACUGAUUGUUGGCAGUUGUUCCAUUUGCUUCGCGGGGUUUUAGUGUCUUUUUCAUUAUUUGUGCUCGUUUGCGCCCAGGCUCGAAGUAUUUGGCUCCAAUCGGAUGAUUUGGCUAAGCUGAGCCCUGCUUUAGGCGCUAGCAUAGUUUACAUCAAUAUUUCUGCCAGAAUUAUUCCGUUUUAUUACUAUGGAAAAAUAUUUAAUGAAUUGCUAACAAAGGCUCACAUGGGAGUGAAAAAAGUUUUGACGACGAAUUUACCAACCGAGACUCAUAUUUUCAAUAGUUACAGAAGAUAUAUCACUACAAUAGAUUAUAUAAUAACGCCACCAUUUGCAAUGUCGCUGAUAUUCGUUUCUUUCGAAGGACUGUAUUUUAUAAUGUAUCAAUUGGAGGACUGGUCGCUGCAGGAACAAGCUGGAAAUGCGACAAUACCACUAGCGCAUUUAUUCGAUUUGUAUCCUACAAGGACUCUGAGUGAUAGUUUCUUUUUUAGUUUCAUCGUGCCUUUCUAUAUGGCAUCAAUUGGAAUAACGUGUUUCUUUGCUUGGCCCACAUUCCAUGCAGCUUUAAUGCGAUACAUUUCCUUUCGUUUAGAUGUGAUCAAUUACAAGCUCGAAAAUAUGUCGGAAUAUGCAGAUAACUUAAUAGAGAGAUUGAAACCUACCCAAAAAAGCCAACUUGCGCAGCAUCGACCCAAAUUUUUGAACCACAUCUUUAUCACUUGCGUGAAGGACAUAGCCGAAGUUAAACUCUUCACUAGCAAAUAUGAAUACGUUUCAAAUGUGGCAGUUUUCAUAGAAUCUUCAACAAUAAGUGCAUUACUAUGCGUCCAAUUAUAUCUUAUAUCAAUGGAUUUCUCUGCCGCAUUCGGAAUAUAUGGGGUUUGGAUUUUCGCAACGGCUGGAAUACUUUGGCUUUAUUAUUGGCAUGCCAACGAAAUAUCACACAAGAGUAACCAAAUAACCAAUGCCUUAUAUUCAUUCAAUUGGUAUGAAGUACCGCUUUCUCUGCAAAAGGAUGUGGCCAUAUUUAUGGGCGCUUCAAUGAAACCAAUAAUAAUGAAGAGUGGAUUUAUUCAUAUGAACACAAACUCUUUUGUGACGAUACUAAAAACUUCAUACAGUUACUUCACGCUGCUUGGAAAUGUCGCGGAAUGAAGGGAUGAUCAUUGAAUUAUUGGCACUGAACAACCGGUCCGUAUUCUAAUAUGCAAAUAUAAUAUAUUCUGAAAUUUGUUACACCUACUAAUAAAGUUCUUAUAACUUGCAA